AUGAACUUCCUUCUGAGUAACGAAGAGAACGAGGCCAUCGCCGCCGUCGAAGCCAUCAAUGCUAUCAACAAUACAAACACAAUCCGAUCCGGCCACUCAACAUGUUUGCGCUUCAACCGAUCCGGCGACCUCUUGGCCUCUGGCAGAGUCGACGGCACAGUGGUCAUCUGGGACAUUGAGACCAUGGGCGUGGCGAGGAAGAUGCGAGGUCACCACAGAAGCAUCACGUCUCUGAGCUGGUCGAGAUGUGGCCGCUACCUAUUGUCGGCGUGUCAAGGAUGGAAGGCCGUUUUGUGGGAUCUAAAGGAUGGCAGGCGGUACCGUGAGGUCCGCUUUCGAGCCCCGGCGUACAUCGCGGAGCUCAACCCUUUUAAUCAUCACCAGUUCGUCGCCUCCAUCUUCGAGGAGCAGCCGAUUCUCGUCGACGUGUCAGACGUCACCGAUGUCAAGUACCCCCUCAGCUCGGCGCCGAAACGACCCGACAUAGACGGAGAACCCACCGAGAAGCAGUUGAAGGACGAUGCGAAACAAAUGACAACCGUCACGAUUUAUACCUCUACCGGAGAACAUAUAUUGGCGGGGACAAACAAGGGAUGGGUAAACGUUAUCGACGUCAAGACCAGAAAGACGAUAUACUCAGAGAAGCCCUGCAGCGGCGUCAUUACGACAUUGCGUCUGAACAACUCGGGAAGAGUGCUCCUGAUCAAUGCGCAGGAUCGUAUCGUUCGAACCUUUCACAUCCCGAACCUCGCGGCCGAGUAUCUCGAUCUCGAUACGAUACACUUUACGGAGGAGCACAAGUUUUCAGAUCAAGUCAAUAGGUUGUCGUGGAAUCAUGUCACGUUCAGCUCGGCCUCUGAGUACGUUGCGGCGUCAACGUACAACAACCACGAGAUAUAUGUCUGGGACAGAGGUAUCGGCAGCACUGGACUGAUCAGAAUCCUGGACGGCCCCAAAGAAGAGCAGGGAGUAGUAGAAUGGCAUCCAGAACGGCCGUUCAUUGCAACAUGCGGCCUGGAGACUGGCAGAAUAUACAUAUGGUCGGUCAUACCCGAACAGAAGUGGUCCAGGCUUGCGCCCGACUUUGCGCAGGUUGAGGAGAACCAGGAGUAUGAGGAGAUGGAGGACGAGUUCGAUAUCUAUGGCCAGGAGGAGCUGCAGAAGAGACGGUUGGAUGCGGAGGACGAGGAUGUUGAUGUUGUUACCUCGACCAUCGUCAAUGGGCACUCUGGUGGAGCAGGAGACUUCCGCAUGCCAAUCCUCUUUGAUCUCGGUGAGAGCGAUAGUGAGGAGGAGUUCGUUGCUGUAUCCACCGGAACCAUGCGGCGAAGGAGUCCAGGCGCGGAUGGAGAGAUACCAGACAGCGAAGUUGUGGAAGACAAAAUCCCGUCGAGAAAGGGACGGUCGGGCAGAGGCAGAAGACGAUAA